AGAUAUACUGACCCACAUCCACAAGACAAGGGAACAACAUUUCACUCACACUAUUUACUCACACUAAUUGCAAUUUUUGUGAAAUAACACUAUUUUUAUACAUAAAAUACUUAAAAUAGAUAAGACCAAAACAAGUGCAUUUAUAUACAGGACCGACAAUGCACUUUGAAGAAUGGAGUACAAUACACAGCAUAACUGGGCAUAACUUAGCAUCCAUGGAUUUUAAACAGCCAAAACUGACAUGUCCUUUCGCUCUCCUUUUGCAAACCUUCUCAGUUCUUUUAUACAUUGUCUAGCACUAAAGUACAAGAUGUGUUUCUCUUCUAUGGUGAUGGGAGUUGGCACAAAAUUGUUAUAUUUUAGAAACAAAAUACAACUAUUGUGCACAAUGAGACUUACUGUAUGAUAGCCACUGGUUACUAUUUGAGUAUUUCAGCUCAUUUAUGCACAUAAUUAUCCCUGUAUAUGAUAGAGGGCUAUAAUAUGUUUGGAGGGUUUGGGUUUUUUUUGUAUUUUUAUUGUCAAAUUUUGAAAUGUGAAUGAAUACCAAUGUGACAUACAGUAAAUAAGUAUACUGAUACAGUGAUGAAAUAUAGAAAAGAAGGAUACCUAAUGUAAUGCAUAGUUUGAUGUUUAGUACAGUGAGAAUAAGCACUUCUGCCAGUGUGUAUGGUUUCACAUCCUGUGUUUAAGGAAGUCACACACUUUUUUAAAAUGUCAUUUCUUAGCACAACCGCAUUAAGACAAAACAGUAUUUUAACAGAAUUUCACUCCAUAUUAGGUAAAGUAGCUGUUGAUUGGUUUGCUGAGGAAGCUUUGGCUCUGCUGCCUCUUCUCUGUAGCUGUACAUAUAUUUUUACCAGCUUUGAUUUUGCAGCAUGGAUUUCUUUGGUGUACACCUUUCAAGAUGAUAAUGUUGGUGAUUAUUAUUAUUGUUGUUGUUGUUGUAGUUUUCUGUCAAUAAUCUCUGGAUCACAAACCAAAAGAAUACAUUUUAAACUCCAUGUGUGCACUAUGCAUUACAAUUUCCAAAUACAUGGCUCACUUUAUGCCUCUAUCACUUCAUGAAUUGAAACACAAAACAUAAAUAAAGCAAAGCCUCCUACAUGUUGAUCAUUUAUGAUAAAUGCCCUUUUAAUGCACAUUUUGCAUCAUGUUUAAUUCUUUAAAAGUUAAUUGGUGUAACAAAUUAUCCUCUUUGAGGUUUUUAGCCUUUUUUUCUGUGUGCUCAAAGGCCAAGACAUUUCUGUACUUUUUUGCAGGACUUCUGCUAGCGCAUGGUAAAAAUGCAGUUCUAUUGAACAGAGCUGAGGGCUGGCACUUUUUACUGCUAAGGUUACAGAACCACAGGUGAAACAUUUUAUUGUAAACAAAUAUAACAUCAUGAAAGACCUAAAAUUUUAAUAUAAAAUUCAAUGUUCUACAUGUAUCGUGUUUGAAAAUGCCCAAUUAUUUGUUGAUGAGACCAUUAAAAGCUUAAUAUUAUAACAUUUUGGGUUUGUUCUAUUUUUUUUAUGCAGGAGUGUAUGGGUUGAAUAGGAGGGAUAUACAUAUCAAAAUGUAGUUUGUGUGUUUGUUUUACAAUAAUAAAUCUCCUCAUUAUAAAAGUGGACCAAAUCAUUUGAAAAUGUCUGCAACUGAAACCAAAUGAAUAAUCAGUUAAGCAUAUUUUCCAUUUUAAUGGGGGAAGAGUAGUUAACAGGACUUAGGUGUGGUUUUGACCUGUCACAACUGUGAAAAUGAGGACCGGCAACAACUGGUUUGAACUGGAUAUUGAUUUGUGGUUUGUCGUAGAUAUAUAGAGGUGACAGGUUUCUGUCUCAGAUAUUGAGGUGCCUGCCAACACAGAAGUAACUGACUGAAGUGACUGCAGACAUUAAAAGGUGUACAGAGCCUACAAACACUCAUUCAAGUGUGUUUUGUAAAGAUCUGGCCAACCUGCCGGUGCAUAGAGGAUAGAGGAGUCUGACUCACACCUGAUACUGAACCUGCCUGCUCCUGAAUAAAGGCAGAGUAGGAGCGAUGGAUGAACGGAGGAUUGUGCUUCUUGGGAAAACAGGUGAUGGUAAAAGCAGCGUUGGAAAUGUGAUACUGGGUGAAAAAGUGUUUCCUACUGGAUGUUCACCCAACUCACAAACUCAAAAAUGUUCCUUUAAAACAAAAUCCAUUACUGAGAAGUUAAUAACAGUCAUUGACACACCUGGGCUUUUUGACACUAGUCUCACUUCAGAGGAACUAAACUCUGAAAUAUUACGAUGUGUUACUGAGUGUGCACCAGGCCUACAUGCAUUUGUGAUUGUGCUCAAAGUUGGAAGAUACACAAAGCACGAGAUCGAAACUGUGAAAAAAAUAACUGAAUCAUUUGGAGAGGAUGCAGUAAGAUAUGCAAUGGUGCUCUUCACCUUUGGUGAUCAACUCAUUGAGGGCCAGACUAUUGAAGACUUUGUGAAGGAGAGUAGAGUGUUACAGCAGCUUGUGAAUAAAUGUGGAGGUCGUGUUCAUGUCAUUGAUAAUAAAUACUGGAAUGAGCAACAGGAUGAGUACAGGAGCAACAGGGUUCAGGUGGAGAAGCUACUGAACACCAUAGAGGAGAUGGUGAGGGAGAAUAGAGGAGAGUGUUACACCAAUGAGAUGCUACAGCUAGUAGAUAAAGUUAUAGAUGCAGAGUGUAAGGCUUCAUGUGAGGAAGUUUAUCACGAUGCUUCUGGCUAUGUUCAAAACACCCAGUACUACAUAUUAGGUAAAGUAGCUGCUGAUUGGUUCGCUGAGGAAGCUUUGGCUCUGCUGCCUAUUCACUGUAGUUGA